ACGUUAAAUUUAAGGGGUUUGGGCAUUGGGUUUGAGAGAUACGAGUAUGACUCCUCUUAUAUCGUGGAUUUUAUUCCUUGGAUUUUCAGGAACGGUUUAUAUUGCUUUAAAGGGCGUUCCGUGCUUAAGGUUUUCUCUUGAGGAUAAAUUUGGGUCAGAUAGAAUUGAGGGGGAGGUAUUGAGCCAAAAAGUGCGUAAAAAGCGGCGUCUAGCCUUGGAUAAAGUGUCAUUGGAGGAGACCGUAGCGAAAACCCGGAGUAUAUGCGUGGAAGAAGAGAAUAGCACUGAAAUAGAGGAGGGAGCCGAUACAGUGUCAAAACAGCCUAUAUAUGCGCCGAAAAUAUUAUCGCGUGGGCCAAAAAGCCCAAUAUAUGCGCCUAUAUAUGCGUCUUUAAAUGAGGAGAAUAAAAUGGAUACAGAAUUUAAGAAGCAUGAGACUCCAACAGGGAGAAAAUCGGUAGAAACGAGCGCAUAUAAGCCAUUCAUAGAGAAGGAAAAUGUAAAAACAAAGAAACAGAAGCAAAAUGCAGUAAAACGUGAAAAACAGAAGCUAUUAAAGGCGCGCAUUGAGGAGGAAAGACUUAAAAAUUAUCGUCAUCAUCAGAAGACACUUGAAGAAGAACGUCUUAAGACGUUAGUUUGCCAAGCAUCAAACUCCGCUUGGCAUCCACCAUCAGAAUCAGGAGAAUGGAUAUUAGUUGGUGCUAAGGGAAAUCGUCACGUGACAUCCGUACUUGCUACAACAGUAGGAUAAAUGAAAGAGAGAAUUGAAUGAGAUAUAGGAGUUUUUAACAUAUUUUCUGUAUGUAGUAGAAGGGAAAU